AUGGCUUCUCGAUUUGAUGAUAUCUCCAAAAAAUAUCAUAAAGUACGUCAAAAUGAUAAUGAUGUAUACGCUGCCUUCGAAAUGUAUACAAUAAUAUCACUUCUCCCUUAUGAAUCGUUAAAGGGAAAAACUGUGUUAGUUCUCGCUUGUGGAACUGGACCAUUUUGUAGAAUAGCCGUUGAACUAGGUGCUGAAAGUGUAAUAAGAGUCGACAUUUCUUCUGAAAUGAUCAAUAUCGGAAAAAAAAUUGAAGAAGAAACUGGUAAACUUGGAGAAUUUGACGUAAUUUGGGCACCUUACUUGAUUAUGUAUGCUAAAGACAUCGUAAACCUGAAACAAAUGAUUCAGGUGGCUUAUGAUAAUCUUAAGCCGAGCUCCCGUUUUAUCACUCUUGUUCUUCAACCCAUCGUUGGUGAUUCGUGGCCACCAGAUAAUGCACAAAUUAGAAAGUACGGAAGAACGAUUAAUCUAACAUCAAAUA